AUGUCCAUAAGUUCGCAAGCUCGCGCGACAAGUUCGCUGCUAACAGGCCGUCAUGCGAGCGUGUACGCACACUGCUGGAGACGCGCGCGCGAAAACAUAAAGCGUCAACGCGCGUACUCAAAGAAAGUCCCGUGCGUUAUUAUUAGCCUGUGCAGUGCGUACGAACAGGAUUCAGAACGAACGCCCCGGGCCUAUCGAUGCGCUGCUCAAAAAGCUAACCCGUCCCGCAAGAAAAGGACGGCGGCCGAGCACGUGGGAAGUGGAUUCCGAACGCACGCAUCCCGCCCGCCCCGCCGCCCCCACCCCCUCCCCCAACGAGCGGUCCCGGCGCCGCGCGCACUCCAGUCGCGCGCCGACCGCCGAGACGGCAACAGGGUUUUAAUAAACCUGUAUCGGUUCCCCGAGCAUCCGCCCAGACGUUGUGCAGUGACCGAGUUGGGACGCACGCUG